AUGGCUGAGCACAAUGCACUUUGCAGCGUUGAGAGCUUCGUCACUCAGACUUACGACUAUCUUGUCGUCGGCGGCGGGACUGCCGGACUAGUCGUCGCAGCCAGGCUGACGGAAAAUCCAGAUGUCACUGUUGGUGUGGUUGAGGCUGGUGGCAACAAGAUGGACGACGAGCUAGUCAGCACGCCCAGCGCAUAUCCCGCGAUGAUCGGGCACAAAGAAUACGACUGGUGUUGGGAGUCCGUUGUCCAGGAGGGUGCCGGUAACAAGCCGUAUGCCAUGCCCCGGGGAAAGCUCCUCGGUGGCUCGAGCGGUAUCAACUAUCUGAUGUACGUCAGGGGAUCGAAAAAGGACUAUACAGGGUGGGAGUCGUUGGGGAAUGAAGGAUGGGGUUGGAAUUCUCUACUACCGUAUUUCAGAAAGCAUCAGACGCUCGAUCGACCGAAAGGAGGCCAGAGUGUCGACCCAAGAUUCAUGCCUCUGGCUGCAGAAGGUGAUUUCCACGGGAAAGACGGUCCCAUCCAUACCAGCUUCAGCGAGUCGUACAUGCCAAUAGAGGAGGACUUUGUGAAGGCGGCAUACGAAGCAACAGGGGGAAAUAACACUCUACACGACGCCUGGAGUGGUGAUCAUAUGGGAUUCUACUCAAGUCUGGGCGUUGUUGACCGUGAGCAGGACGUCGGAAAGAGAAGCUACUCGGCCACAGGAUACCUACGACCGAAUCUCAGACGUCCCAAUCUCAAGGUCUUGACGGAGGCUCAUGCGUCGAGGAUUAUCCUCGAGGGAAAUACGGCACGAGGAGUCGAAUUCCUGCACCACGGGAAGACAUAUAGAGUGCAUACUACACGAGAGGUUAUACUCAGCGCAGGCACUAUUCAAACCCCCCAACUACUAGAGCUCUCCGGCAUCGGUGACCCUAAAAUCUUGGGAGACGCCGGCAUUACUUGCCUAGUGCAAAACUCCCGCGUCGGCGCCAACUUCCAGGAUCAUGUCCUCUCGGGGAUGGUCUACGAUCUCGCGCCUGGUAUUCAGUCCAUGGACUCCCUACAAGAAGAGAAUUUUGCCGAACAGCAACGCCAAAUCUACCAAAGGACAAAAGGAGGCAUGUACGGCAAUCCUGGAAUGUUGAUGGGGUUUCUUUCCUACGCUUCUCUCGUGAGCAGUGAUGAGUUGGAGGCAACGAUUGCAGAAAUAAGGAGAUCAUCACAUGCACAAACUGAGUUUGAAAAGUCCCAAGAAGAGCUUAUCAUUUCCCAACUCAGUGAUCCCACCUUUGCAAAUAUCCAAGUUUUCUGCAUCCCAUGUCAACUCGAUGUCAGAGCAGGCCAUGAUCAGACUGUUUUCUUCGGGAAGCCUCCGCGAGGAAAGAACAGGAUCACGUUUCUCGUCUGUCUCGAACACCCACUGUCGCGUGGUAGCGUCCAUGUCACCUCCAGUGAUCCGUUUGCCGCGCCGAGGAUUGACCCAGGAUAUUUCAGGAAUGAGAUUGACGUCAAGAUACUCGCUGCAGGUAUCAAAGUAAUGGACAAGAUCGCUCGACAGCCCAUCCUGAAAAGAUCUUUGGCUAGUCGAGUCAUUCCACCAGAAGACACUUCCUUGGACACCGAGGAACAGCGAAUCGAAUAUUUACGCCAGCACAUCUCCACCCAGUAUCAUUUGGUUGGCACUGCAACCAUGGGUGAGGUGGUGGACGAGAAGCUCGCAGUCAAGGGCGUCAAUAGUUUGAGAGUCGUGGACGCCAGCGUCUUCCCGACCCACGUGAGUGGGAACAUUCUAAGCACGGUCUACGCCGUCGCAGAAAAGGGGGCCGACUUGAUCAAAUUGAGUGAUCCUAGAUUUUCCAGAAGCUGA